GAAAUCAUUUGAAGCAAACUUGUUUUGUCUGCUACCGCUGCAAGCAUUUUGCUUUCCCGACCUGUGCCUAGGAGAUAUGGCUGACGUUGCUUUAGCUAUGGGAAGCUCUGUCCUCUCGGCUUUCCUUCAAGUUGUAUUUGAUAGGAUGGCUACAAAAGAGUUUUUGAAUCUAUUUCGGGGAAGAGAGAAUGACGGAGAACUCCUCGAGAAACUCAAACUGAACUUACAAAUAGUUGGAGAUGUGCUUGAUGAUGCAGAGAACAAGCAAACAAGCAGCCUAGCUGUCAAAGGAUGGCUAAAUAAGCUUCAUGACACUAUCUACGAGGCAGAUGACUUGCUUGAUGAGAUCAACACUGAGGCACUACGACUGAAGGUUGAAGCUAAAUGCCAUAACUCGACCAGUCAGGUAAGUGCUUUGAAUUACAGCUCAUCUUUCAGUAAUGAUUUCCUUGGGAAGAUGAUGCCACAGAUAGAAAAAAUGGUUGCUAGAUUGGAUUGGUUCAUACAACAAAUUAACCCUAUGGGUUUGCGAGUUAUUGAACCAAAAAGGCAAUCCUGUCGAACUCCUUCAACUUCUUUGGUUGAUGAGGCCACAGUGUAUGGUAGAGAUGCUGAUAAGGAGAAGAUAAUUAAAAUGUUGCUAUCUGAGAGUGCAAAUGGAGUCAAUUUCACUGUGAUUUCUGUAGUGGGACUUGGGGGAAUUGGUAAGACCACUCUUGCUCAAUUGAUUUACAAAGAUAAGAGGGUGCAAAAUCACUUUCCUACAAAAGCAUGGGUUUGCAUAUCAGAAGAUUAUGAUGCUGCCAGGAUAACGAAAGAACUUCUUGGGGAGCUCGGUAUUCCAUUUUCUGAUAUGGGCGAGAAUUUGAAUUCCCUUCAAAUGAAGUUACAAUUGGGGCUAACUCAGAAAAAGUUUCUUCUCGUUUUAGAUGAUUUUUGGAAUCGGGACUACAGUGACUGGGAUAGAUUCAAGGUGCUAUUCACAGGUGCAAUGCAAGGAAGUAAGAUCAUUGUAACUACACGUGAUGAGAAAAUUGCAUUAAUGAUGUGUAAAAAAGAGUCAAUUUAUUCCUUGGAUUUGAUAGCAGAGGAAGAUUGCUGCUCCUUAUUUGAAAAGCAUGCCUUUGAAAAUAUAGAUGGAGAUCAAAGACUAGAACUUGAAGAUAUAGGAAAGAAAAUUGUGAAGAAGUGUGCAAGGUUGCCUUUGGCUGUGAAAACAGUUGCAGGUCUCUUGCGUUCAAAAACAACGGCUGAAGAGUGGGAAGAUAUUUUAGUAAGUGAAGUAUGGACUCAAACAGACAAUGAAGAUGACAUCUUGCCAGCGUUGAGAUUGAGCUACAGUCAUCUUCCAUCUCGUCUUAAGAGGUGCUUUGCAUGUUGUGCUGUAUUUCAUAAGGAUUUCCAGUUUAAAAAAGAGGAAAUAAUUCAUUUAUGGCAAGCUAAUGAUCUUUUGGAGCCUCCAGGAGAAAACAGGGGAAUUGAACAAAUCGGUGAAGAGUACUUACGUGAGUUGAGGUUGAGGUCCUUACUUGAGCAGUCAACUAACGGUUUGUUUUCGAUGCACGACCUUGUCAAUGACUUGGCCAUAGCUGUUUCUAGAAGGUACUGUUACAGGCUGGAAGAUAAUGACCCGGAACAUGGUAAAAUAGGCAGCAUAAGUUACUUUUCAUACCAUCCUAGUAGUUUUCAUGACACAUUUCAUAAAUUUGAACUCUUGAGGGAGACCAAGAACUUGAGAACAUUUUUACCAUUAAGUAAACGACGUGGCGGAAAAGGAUUGAGCCACAAAUUUUUGCAUGAAAUGUUGCCCAAAUUCAGGUCCUUAAGGUUUCUGUCGUUGUUGUUCUAUAAAAUCCAUAAGUUGCCCGACUCAAUUAGUGAUUUGAAACACCUUCGUUUGCUGAAUCUCUCUUCUACUCCUUUGGAAACCCUACCAGAGUGUAUCUGCGCCUUAUAUAACCUCCAAACAUUGUUGUUGUCAGAUUGUGAGAAACUGGAAGAGUUGCCGGUAAGUUUGGCGAAGUUAAUUAACUUGUCUUACCUGGAUAUUAGUGGAACUCCGUUGAAAAAAAUGCCACUGUAUAUGAGUAGACUGAGAAACCUUCGAGUUUUGACUAAUUUUAUAGUAGGCAAGGACAGCGGUUCAAUGAUUGAGGAGUUGGGCAAAUUUCCUAAGCUUCGUGGUAGGCUCUUCAUUUCAAAGCUGGAAAAUGUUUGUAGUGGUAGGGAUGCAUCGAUGGCGAAUCUAAAGGGCAAGAAACACCUUGACGAGUUAACUUUGGAGUGGAAUGGUGCUAUCAAUGAUUCGCAAGCUGUGAGAGAUGUGCUUGAUAAUUUACAACCUCAUUCAAGCAUAAAGCAUCUCAAGAUCAUAGGGUAUGGCGGGACAACAUUUCCAGAUUGGCUAGGCAACUCUUCGUUAAGCCAUUUGGAAUCGUUGAGUCUUUCUAAUUGUGAAAAUUGUUUUUCCUUGCCUGCACUUGGGCAGCUAGAGUCCUUGCAAUCACUUGAAAUUUUUGGGAUGGAUCAUAUAUCAGAUUUGGCGGAGGAUUUUUAUGGAGACAUCAGUGCAACCAAACCAUUCCCAUCUCUGAAAAAGUUGAGAAUCGAGAAGUUGCCAGAGUGGGAGAGAUGGUACAUACCAGAAGGUGAAGUCUUCAAUAGACUCAAAAAACUCAGUAUAAUUGACUGUCCCAAACUAAUUGGAGAGCUUCCCCAACAACUUGCAUCGCUGCAAAGCCUUGAGAUAUCUGGGUGCGACAAUCUUGUGUGUCCCAGUGGUCGAUUGAGCAUCUUCAAUGAAGAGAUUCGACAAAAGUUUUCAUCUCUCCGUGAAUUGAAGAUUUCAGCGCUAAAAAAUUUGACGGAGUUGCCCCUACAGCUCAACCAAUUAUUCCGACUUACGGUUGAUGAUUGUGGGUCUCUCUUACCCUCGCACGUGAGUAGACUGCCUGCUUCACUUUAUUCACUUGAGUACAAGGGAUGCUGCAAUUUGGAAUUGGAGAGUUCAAGCGGGGAGGAUGGUGGCGCCUUGGAGCGCUUGAUAUUAGAAAAUUGUGACACUGUCAAAGUCAAAGUCGAGUGGCUUGCCUCGUUUCCCAUGCUAAAACGUGUUCAAUUUUAUAAAUGCAAGAGUGUUGAGAUGCUCUCAGUUCCUGCUGCACCUGCACCUGGGAUUGGGAAUCAGAGUGGCAUGACAACAACUACUACAACUAGUAGUACUAGCAGUGUGAUGGCGUCACUUCAACACUUACACAUCUCGGGCUGCGAUGAUCUUAUGUCUUUUCGAGCCCCCAGUCUAACGGAGCUUUAUAUCCUGGAUUGCGAGAAGCUCACGUCACUGCCGCAACGGAUGGAAUCCCUCCUCCCAUCUCUUCGAUAUCUGUAUUUAGGCAAUUGUCCAGAAAUUGAGUGCUUCCCGGAAGGGGGUUUGCCCUCCACCCUACAAGCCCUUAAAAUCUUCGGUUGCAAGAAGCUCGUGAGUCGCAGGAGAGAGUGGGGUUUGGAGAAACUCCCCUCUCUCACGGAAUCGGUCAUUAGCGGUCCCUGUGAUGAAGUAGAGUCGUUUCCAGAGGAGGACUGGCUGUUGCCUUGCACGCUUCAAUAUCUCCACUUGAACUACCUUCAGAAUCUGAAAGUGCUAAACUAUUCGGCUCUUCGACACCUCACCUCUCUUCAAAAUCUAGGCUUCAAUGAUUGCCCACGACUCCAGUCCCUACCAGAAGAGGGACUGCCGGCCUCCCUCACUGAACUACGUUUCUCCAAAUGCCCGCUGCUGAAACCAAGGUUAGAAUGGGAGAAAGGACAAGACUGGCCCAAGGUUGCCCACAUCCCCUGCGUAAAAGUCGAUGGGCAGCUAAUUCCUUGACGAUGACGCUGGUUACUGUGCGAAUUGCCUGUUGUGUAUAACUAGGAUGUGUUGAAUGUUGUGUACAACUAGGAUGUGUUGAAAGGACAGUUGAGAUUCCAAUCAAGUAGGCCACCAACUCAGGCAGACAAAUGCUUUCCUCGGUAACUGUGCAACUGCUGAUGAAGAAAAAAAACCUUCAAUUUUCUAUAAGGAAUUGCUCUCUUCCAGUCCUCGAAGGUUGCUUUCAUCUUUAGCCAUUGAAGAUUGGGGCUAGUGACCUCCCUUUUUAUGCUAGAGACCAAGAACUAACUAAUUGCUGACAUUAUGUUUGGAGUAGAGAAGAAGAAGAUUGGCGCAAGAGGGAGGAUUUCCAGCCCCCUAUCUAUAGUAGAUUACUCUCAUCAAGUGCCUCCUGCCAAAAAGGAUAAAUCCCUCCUCCCACCUCUUUGAUAUCUGAAACUAGACAAAUAGUGCUUCCUAGAAGGUCGUUUGCCUUCUAGCCUACAUUAUCUUGAGAUCACCUAUUGCAAAGAGCUCAUGAGUUACCGGAGGGAGUGGGGUUUGGAGAAGUUGCCUCUCACACACUUGAGCAUUGGUGGUAGCUUUGUAGAGUUGUGCAGGAGGACUGUCGCCUUGCUUGAAUCUCUUGGAUUAUGGAUCCUUAAGAAUCUGAACAUGCUAAACUAUUCAGGUCUUUGACACCUUACUAUUUUCUUUAAAAGCUAACAAUCAUGACCUGUACUCCACUCCAAUCCCUACUAGAAGAGGGACUUCCAACCUCCCUGGAAAUCUUUGACUGCCCAUUGCUGAAACCAAAGUUGGAAUGGGAGAAAUGAUAAGACUGGCCCGAGAUUAGAGACAUCCCUACACAGUAGUUGAUCAAGAAUUAAUCCCUUCACAAAAACGCUAGAAGUGUGAGGGAUCCCACAGUUACUAGACCUCCAUCAUCUCUUUGGAUUAAGGAUUGCACUCUCCCAUCUAGGGAAUACAGCUCGUUAUUGCUUUCAGCUUCAGCCAUUGCCAGAAGAGGGUCUACCUACCUGCUUUUUAUGGCAGAAAUAAAAAACUGCCCACAUUGAUGACACUACAGGGUAGAAGAUGAUUGGUGCAAUAUAGCUGACAAUUCAUGGAUGCCAAUGAUGUAUUUAUUCUGUGAUCAGUUAUGCACUCACAAUUUCUCUGAAGAAGUACAUAUUGCAAGGGAUUCAAUUUGCUGCUUGGAAAGAUGCAAUCCCUUCUCGUGCAUUAAUGUUCAAAAGUGUGGCAGCAUCCUGUAGCUGAGAGCUUUUGUAGCUCAGUGUUGCCUCCAGACUACAAACAUAUCCUUUUGAUGGUGGAUAUCCUGAAUUUCCCCUCUCGUUGGGAAUGCAAGAUUAGUGGCACCGUGGAAGAAGAGUCACUUUCAAAAUACUGGCUGCUGUCUUGCACACUGCACAGGUACAAUCUUUCACUUGGAGCAGCACAAGAGCUGAAGAACAACGACCUACAAGCAUCAUCAACACUUCACAGAUCUUGAAGAGAUGGAAAUAGCUGACUGCUCUCAGCACUAGUUGCUACAAAAAGAGUGGUUGGCAACUUCCAUUCUUCCAUUAUGCAUGUAAAAUGUGGUAUUCAUUGCUCAAAUCACUAUGUAAGGGCAGAAUGGGAGGGGGAAGACUGGCCCCAAGGUUUCUAAUGUAAACUUCAUAGCUUUAGAUAGUGAACUAAUUCGACAUAGAAUCUUGCUUAUCACUUGAUCGACCCUGAGGGUCUAAAGGUACCUUCCUCUGUCAGAUUCAUUUUCUUGGAACGCUCUAAUGCCUAAAAUCACAGGAGUGUCAUUUCCUGUGCAUAUGAUCCCAGCUUCCUGCUGAAAAUCUUCUCAA